AUGAUUUUGAAGAGUUUAAUAGUUUUAGUGUGCGGUUUAGUUGGAGUUGUAGCCUUUCCGUCUGGUGCCCCAGAGACCGCUUGUGGCAACCUCUCACCAUCUCAUGGGGUUUCCGUUUUCCCACAAACAUCAAACUCGCCCUACCUGAUCAGUGUGAUUCCACUUGGAUCGUCAAAUUUCAGAAUAAACAUAACAUCGAGUGACAUUAUUGCUGGAUUGAUGUUGGAGGCUUUCAAUAGCAACAACGGCGUUGUAGUUGGAGUUUUCACGAACUUUGACACGAACACCAAGUACAUUUGCUCCAACGCGGCGGUGACUCAUUCGCAAAAGUUAGCAGUUUCAAGCCUGACAUUCCUGUGGAAUUCUAAUGCAUUCAAAGGCCCUUUCUACAUGAAGGGAACCGUAGUCAAAAACUACACGACCUUCUGGAAGAUGCAGGUAGCAAGUGACACAGGUUCAUCGUCUACACAAACUUCCUCCCAAUUAUCAUCCGCCAACUCUCUCUCAACUUCUUUGGCGAUCCUGGCCACACUGAUGUCGUUCGCCCUGGUCAACUUCUGCUUGUUCCAUUACUACUGA